UCGGCGUCCCCCUCGCUCCCACCCGCGGGAUGUGCGGCCGGUGACGGUCCAACUUAGCGCGGAGUCCCUCCGGUGUGAAGUGUAGAGAAAGCGCAGGAGUUUGCUGGAAGAUGGAGCCUGAUUUGAAGAUGAACACAGGGGAUCCUCUGUGAGUGGCCAGUGCCAGCGUCUGUGAUGCAGUCUGGGCUUCAGUCACACACUCCACUGGAUAAAGGGUGCUAGCAGCAUGAUCUCAGAAAGGGACUCGGAGACCACCUUCGAGGAGGAUUCCCAGCCCAACGAUGACGUGGUGCCAUACAGCGACGACGAAACGGAGGACGAGCUGGACAGCCGGCAGCCUGGGGCUGAACUGGGACCCAGCCCAACCAACAGGGACCCCGAGGAGAGCAGAGAGCCUGGCAAAAAAGACUGCAGCUGGCAAGUUAAAGCAAACGACCAGCGUUUCUAUGACCAGCCGGGCUUCAAGAGAACAAUCUUCCUGUGCUUCAAGAAAAGCAAAUAUGCGGGAAAUGCAAUUAAGACAUACAAGUACAACCCCAUCACUUUUCUACCUCUGAAUCUGUUUGAACAGUUCAAGAGAGCAGCCAACUUCUAUUUCCUGAUUCUUCUCAUUUUGCAGGCGAUUCCUGAAAUAAGUACCCUGUCAUGGUACACAACUCUGGUGCCCUUGCUCCUGGUGCUGGGAAUAACUGCAGUCAAAGACCUGGUGGAUGACAUUGCUCGUCACAGGAUGGACAACGAGGUCAAUAACAGGACAUGUGAUGUCAUCAAGGAUGGAAGGUUCAAAGCCACUAAAUGGAAAGAUAUUAAAGUUGGCGAUGUUGUUCGUCUGAAGAAAAAUACUUUUGUUCCUGCUGAUAUUUUGCUGCUGUCCAGCUCAGAACCAAACAGUCUGUGCUAUGUGGAGACAACUGAACUGGAUGGUGAGACUAACUUAAAAUUCAAAAUGGCCCUAGAGGUGACACACAGACACCUUCAGGAAGAAAGUGCCCUGGCAGACUUUGAUGGUCUGGUUGAAUGUGAAGAACCCAAUAACCGGCUGGAUAAGUUUACAGGAAUGUUAUCCUGGAGAGACUCAGUUUAUCCCCUGGAUGCAGAUAAGAUUUUGUUGCGUGGCUGUAAGAUCAGGAACACAGACUUCUGCCAUGGAAUGGUCAUAUUUGCAGGUGCUGACACAAAAAUAAUGAGAAAUAGUGGAAAGACAAGAUUUAAAAGGACAAAAAUUGACUCCCUUAUGAACUACAUGGUUUAUACUAUCAUCGUGGUCCUUAUCCUGUGUUCGGCGGGGCUGGCCAUCGGCCACACCUACUGGGAGCAGCAGAUUGGCAACUCCUCCUGGUACCUGCACGAUGCUCAGGACUCCAGCCCUGCCUACCGGGGCUUCCUCACCUUCUGGGGAUACAUCAUUGUCCUCAACACCAUGGUGCCCAUCUCCCUCUACGUGAGUGUGGAAGUGAUUCGCUUUGGCCAGAGCUAUUUCAUCAACUGGGACCUGCAGAUGUACUACCCCGAGAAGGACACGGCUGCCAAGGCCAGGACCACCACGCUGAACGAGCAGCUGGGCCAAAUCCAGUACAUCUUCUCUGACAAGACUGGAACCCUCACACAGAACAUCAUGACCUUUAAAAAGUGCUGCAUAAACGGGCAAAGAUAUGGGGACUGCCGGGAUGCAGCAGGGCAGCUCCAGAGCCACGCAGAGCAAGUUGAUUUCAGCUGGAAUGCGUACGCAGAUGGAAAGUUCUUAUUCUACGAUCACUAUCUGAUAGAGCAAAUAAAGGCUGGAAAGGACCCAGAAAUCCAGAAGUUCUUUUUUCUGCUUGCUAUUUGUCACACAGUCAUGGCUGACACUUCUGAUGGCCAGCUCCACUACCAGGCAGCGUCCCCGGACGAGGGGGCCCUGGUGACGGCCGCGCGCAACUUCGGGUACGUGUUCCUGUCCCGGACGCAGAACACCAUCACCAUCAGUGAGAUGGGCGUCCAGAGGACCUACGAUGUCCUGGCCAUCCUGGAUUUCAACAGCGACAGGAAGAGGAUGUCUGUCAUUGUAAGAGAGUCCGGUGGCAAUAUCAGGCUGUAUUGCAAAGGGGCUGAUACGGUGAUUUACGAGCGGCUGCACCCCUGCAAUGUCAAGAGAGAAGCCACCGAAGAGGCCCUUGAUGUCUUUGCAAAUGAAACUCUCAGGACACUCUGCCUGUGCUAUAGAGACAUAAGCCAGGAUGAAUUUGAAGUGUGGAAUAAAAAGUUUCUGGAGGCCAGUUUAGCUACAAGUCACCGGGAUGAAGCUCUGGACAAAGUGUAUGAGGAAAUAGAAAAAAACUUGAUUCUGCUUGGUGCAACAGCUAUUGAAGAUAAACUACAGGAUGGAGUUCCAGAAACUAUCUCCAGACUCUCCAAAGCAGACAUUAAAAUCUGGGUGCUUACUGGUGACAAAAAAGAAACUGCAGAAAAUAUUGGAUUUUCUUGUGAACUCCUAACAGAGGACACAGCCAUCUGCUAUGGAGAAGAUACCAGUGCUCUCCUUCAAACGAGGCUGGAAAACCAGAGGAACAGGGCUGGCUCCAGUCCACAUUCCUCUCUCAGAAUGAACGAGCCAUUCUUCCAGGGCAGCAGAGACCGGGCUCUGAUCAUCACUGGCUCCUGGCUGAAUGAAAUCCUGCUGGAGAAGAAAAAGAAGAAAAAGAAACUUAAACUGAAAUUCCCCAGAACAGCAGAAGAGAAGAAAAAACAAACUGAGAAAAGGAGAAGGGCAGAGGCCUACAAGGAGCAGCAGCAGAAGAACUUUGUUGAUCUGGCCUGCGAGUGCAGGGCUGUGAUUUGCUGCCGUGUGACACCCAAGCAGAAGGCCAUGGUGGUGGACCUGGUGAAGAAGUACAAGAAGGCCAUCACCCUGGCCAUCGGGGACGGGGCCAAUGAUGUGAACAUGAUCAAAACUGCCCACAUUGGAGUUGGGAUCAGUGGCCAGGAGGGCAUGCAGGCUGUCAUGUCGAGUGACUACUCCUUCGCGCAGUUCCGCUACCUCCAGCGGCUGCUGCUGGUCCACGGGCGCUGGUCCUACAUCAGGAUGUGCAAGUUCCUGAGAUACUUCUUCUACAAAAACUUCGCUUUCACGCUGGUCCACAUCUGGUACUCGUUCUUCAAUGGCUUCUCUGCCCAGACAGCCUACGAGGACUGGUUCAUCACAGUGUACAACGUGCUGUACUCCAGCCUCCCAGUCCUGCUCGUUGGCUUGUUCGACCAGGAUGUGAGUGACAAACUGAGCCUUCGGUUCCCCAGACUUUAUGUUUUGGGUCAGAGAGAUUUACUUUUCAACUACAAGAAGUUCUUUAUAAGUUUGCUCCAUGGAGCUGUAACUUCACUGAUCAUCUUCUUCAUCCCGUAUGGAGCCUACCUUAUAUCUAUGGGACAAGAUGGAGAAGGCCCUGCAGAUUAUCAGUCCUUUGCUGUCACAGCAGCAUCCUCUUUGAUAUUUGUGGUCAAUUUUCAGAUUGGCCUGGAUAUGUCUUACUGGACUUUUGUUAAUGCUUUUUCAGUAUUUGGGAGUAUUGCAGUUUACUUUGGGCUCACAUUUGACUUUCACAGUGCUGGAAUCCAUGUUCUCUUCCCUUCUGUCUUUCAUUUCACAGGAGCUGCUCCGAAUGCUCUGCGGCAGCCAUACCUUUGGCUUACCAUGAUUUUAACCAUUGCCAUUUGCUUACUGCCUGUAGUGGCACAGCGCUUUCUGUGCAUGACAAUCUGGCCUUCAGAGAGCGAUAAAAUCCAGAGGAACCGUCGGAAGUACCUGCUGGAGGAGCAGCAGUGGAAGCGGCGGCAGAGCGCGUUCCGCCGCGGCGUGUCCGCCCGCCGCUCCGCCUACGCCUUCUCGCACCAGCGCGGCUACGCCGACCUGAUCGCCUCGGGGCGCAGCAUCCGCAAGCGGCGCGCCCCGCUGGACGCCGUGCUGGCCGCGCCGGCCGCCGGGGACACCGGGGACACCGGGGACACCAGGGACACCAGCUGA